UCAGAUCAGACUCUAUUUUCUCACUUAGAGGACCUGAGACACACACACACACACACUCACACGCAUACACACACACGCAUACACACACACACGCAUACAGACACACAGACUGACUGAUUCAUUCACGUAUGAACUUAUGGAGUACAUCCUGCUGUUGUGGAUCACUUCUCUGCUGCCAGGACCUCAGAGCUGCUUCAACAUCGACACAAGACACGUGAAAAUCAUCCAGGGUUCGAAGGAGGCUCAGUUCGGAUAUACGGUCCAACAACAUGAGGCCAAGGGCCAGAAAUGGCUCUUGGUUGGUGCUCCCUUUGAGAGCAGUGGUGCACACCAGACCGGUGACGUCUACAGAUGUCCACUAGACAGCAAACCCGUCACAAACUGCACACGGCUGCAUCUAGGAAAGAUAUCCCUGAACAACGUGUCGGAGCGCAAGGACAGAAUGAGGUUGGGAAUGACCCUUGCCUCCAACCCGAAGGACAACAGCUUUGUGGCAUGUGGUCCGCUGUGGUCAUAUGAAUGUGGAAGUUCCUACUACAGUACCGGCAUCUGUUCACGAGUCAACAGCACCUUCAAAUUCACCCACAGCAUCGCUCCGGCAUUUCAAAGAUGUGAGACCUACAUGGAUAUAGUGAUCGUUCUUGAUGGAUCCAACUCCAUCUACCCCUGGUAUGAAGUUCGGGAUUUCCUGAUAAAUGUCCUACAGAAGUUUUACAUCGGUCCAGGACAGAUCCAGGUGGGUGUGAUUCAGUACGGCGAGCGAGUGGUCCAUGAGUUUCGUCUGAAUGAGUUUCGUACGGUCGAGGAGGUAGUAGCUGCGGCACAGGACAUCGACCAGCGCGGUGGCGAAGAAACUCGCACGGCGCUCGGGAUUAACAUGGCUCGAUCUCAAGCGUUCAAACAUGGAGGUCGACCGGAUGCUAAGAAGGUCAUGAUUGUGAUCACUGAUGGGGAAUCACACGACAGCCCAGAUCUAAAGCACGCCGUGGAGGAAAGCGAAAGGGACAAUAUCACCUUGUAUGGGAUCGCUGUUCUUGGCUCCUAUAACCGGCGAGGAAUCAAUCCUGAAGCUUUUCUGAGAGAAAUCAAGUUCAUCGCCACCGAUCCUGAGGAGCACUUCUUCAGCGUCACCGACGAGUCUGCCUUGAAGGACAUCGUUGACGCUCUUGGGGAGAAGAUCUUCAGUUUGGAGGGAACACACCAGAAUGGGACGGCCUUUGGUCUGCAGAUGUCCCAAGCUGGAUUCUCCUCCCAUAUCGUGGAAGACGGGAUUCUGGUUGGUGCGGUCGGGGCGUAUGACUGGAAUGGGGCAGUUCUGAAGGAGACCCGUCAUGGUAAAGUUAUCCCGCCCAAGUCCUCCUACCUGAAAGAGUUCCCAGAGGAACUGAAGAACCAUGGAGCGUAUUUGGGGUACAUGGUGUCCUCUUUGGUCUCAGCCCAACAUGGUCAGCUGUACGUCGCUGGUGCUCCUCGAUUCAACCACACGGGGAAAGUCGUCAUCUUCACCCUGACCAACAGCGGAAACCUCACCAUCCUGUACUCCCUUCACGGACAGCAAAUCGGAUCGUAUUAUGGCAGUGAAUUGUCUCCGCUCGAUCUGGACGGUGACGGACUGACGGAUCUCCUCCUCGUCGGUGCUCCCAUGUACUUCCAAAGCGGCUGGGAGAAAGGACACGUCUACAGCUACACCAUCAACUCACAUGGCAAUUUUAUACUGGAUGGAACUCUUGGUCCGUCUGAACAGGCUCAUGAUUCCCGGUUCGGCGCGGCUAUGUCUGCUGUUCCGGAUCUGAACGGCGAUGGAUUCAGUGAGCUGGUAGUGGGUGCGCCGCUGGAGGAUGACCACAAGGGAGCAAUCUAUCUGUGCUAUGGACAGCAAAACAGGAUUCAAUUAAAAUAUAAACAGAGAAUAUCCGGCAGUGAUCUCUCCCCAGGUCUUCGUUAUUUUGGCCGUAGUGUGCAUGGAAUGAUGGACGUGAAUGGAGAUGGGCUCGUAGAUCUGUCUGUGGGCUCUUUAGGGGCCGCAGUUCUGCUCUGGUCUCGUGCGGUUGUCCGCGUGGAGAUCCAGGUGAACUUUGAGCCAUCAAAGAUUAAUGUGUUUAAUAAAGACUGCAUUAGAGGAGGGCGAGAGGUGUCGUGUAUGUUGGCCAAUGUUUGUCUGAACGUCACUGCACGGACACCAAUGUUGGAUCCAAAAACAGUCGCGUUGAGGUACAGCUGUGAUUUUGAAGACAGUGGAUAUUUCCCCAGAGCUGUGUUAGACAGCACAGAACUACAGCAGUCCAGAGACCUCAACAUGCAGCCAGACACUGAAUACUGCCAGCAAGUGUAUUUCCACGUACAUGAAGUGACAGACUACACACGACCCCUGAUCUUCACUGUCAACAUCGGCUUACAGAGCACUGAGGAGGGACCGGUGCUUGACGACGGGUGGCCCACCAGUCUCACAGCAGAGCUUCCGUUCUGGAAUGGUUGUGAUGAUGACGAUCUGUGUGUUUCAAACCUCAUUCUGCAGAGCAGCUCUGACUUAUUAGAUCGCAGCCAGUUCUGCGGGCGGCGCGAGCGGGCGACGUGGCCACUGUGUGUCCAUCAGAGGACGAGAGCGAGCGACGAGCGCGUGGUGGAGGCUGGCCGCAGGAGAGUCCUCGUGGAGGCGCGUUUGGAGAACAGAGGAGAGAACGCGUACAACACACUACUGCACGUGUCCAAUUCUCCAAACCUUCACUUCUCCAGUCUGAUGGUGAAGGCUCCGUCAGAUGUCACGAUUGAGUGUCCAAACUCUGACGAUCCAAAUCGUCACCUGACCUGUAAUGUCAGUGCACUGUUUAUGAGAUCACAAGCACAGGUCUAUUUUCGUCUUGAGUUCGAAUUCAGCAGGUCGGUCUUCUUGAACUAUUUUCAGAUCACUCUAAGGGUGUCCAGUAAUGGUGAGGAGAUUUCUCCAGAGGACAACAUAAAUGAUAUCUAUCAUACCUUGAAAUAUGAGGCAGAUGUUCUUUUCACAAGAGAUUCCAGCCCAUCCCGUUUCGAGAUCAAACCCGAGCUGGCACAGAGCGUCCCCCUUGGAUCCGGACCCGCCUUCAACCUCUCCUAUCAGAUCCAGAAUCUUGGCCUGUUCCCCGUAUCUGAGCUUCUCUUCACUCUCAAUGUCUUUGCUGUGACUACAAACGCGAACGCUCUCUUGCAUCUCUCAGACUUGGUUAUUGAGCAGAUGUCUGGAUCGCCCUGUAACGUUCCUCGUGUCAUCACCUCUGAUUUCUCUUCUCAGGAAGAUCUCUCCUUUAACACACACAUGAGCGCUACCACCAGUGACGCAUUAUUUGCGCAGUGUAGAAUCAACCUGCCUCCGCAAGGAGAUGUUAGCAUAUUGGCGACAGGAUGGCUUGACCUUCAUGCAUUAUUAGCCGUGAAAUUUAAAAGGUUAGAGCUGAUGCUGAGCGCUGCAGUAGAGCUGAGCUCCUCAAGUCCGAUAUUUCUUCACGAGGAGAGACCCGUGAGACACAUAAUCCUAGAGAUCAGGAAGGAGGAAGAUUACAGAAUUCCCAUCUGGGUGAUUAUUGGAAGCACUUUGGGUGGACUGCAGCUCCUCGCCCUGCUAGUGCUCGCGCUCUGGAAGCUUGGAUUCUUCCACAGGCAAAAGAGAAAGAAGGGCGAACAAUCGACCAAUGAGAAGACAGCCGAGGAUUGGUAAUGCCAACCGCAUGGCAACCUCCUCCACUGCCAAUCACUCAGGGAGUUUUCAGAGACGGGUGUGCGGCAAUCAGCCAAUCAGCUGCGUCUACACUCUGCCACGCCCUCCCGCACUCUGACGAGGAACCAAUCAGCUUGCUCAAUUGCUGUCCCAAUUAAGACAGAAGUCGCCAUAUAUUCGGCUGAAACUUCAACGAGUCUAAAACCUCGAUUUGCUAAACAGAAGGAAGUGUAAUGGAUGACGGUGAAGGAAUAGGCUAACCUCAGAUUGUGGAAUGAGUAUAUAGUUUAUAAUUCAGGCUUUUUGCACAUUGUAAAAAAAACGUUGCACUUGAAGUUUGUAAAUAUAAAAGUGCUUUUUAAAAGAGAGUUCAGCAAUAUGAUGAUGUAAUACAAUGAUCAAAUAUUUAACCAUAUCAUGCAGUUUGACAGGUCAAUGCAUCCCAAAUGUGCUUUUCAUCCGGUGAUAAUUCAACAUUUAUAUACAGUGUGAGUUUUCUGAGAUUUAGAGUCGGACGACAUCUAUUUAUGUUUAUUUAUCCCAUAUCAGAACCUCUUUUUUUCCUCCCUCGGAGUAAUAAAUCAAAAUAUUCUCCUA